AUGCCCGGGUACACGUCCGCUCAAGUGUCCGACCUGCUCGCGGGCCUGAAGGCCAAGCUCGACCCGGAUUCUACAUGUUCCGAGCCACCAACAGACCAGGAGCUGCAAUUCAUGGCCCACCAGCUCACGGUGUACUACCACCACUGGGACGUCCUGGACGAUGAGACUAGGCACGAGCUCGAUGACGCCCAUUGCCUCUGGGAGAAGGAGGCUGUCGCGCCUGGCCGGCCUGAGUACGUGUGGCGACUAGCUCUUGAACUGAUGGCGAAGCAGUUGGCCGUCCGGAGGAGAUGA